UGAAACGUCAACGUCAUGUGUAUGUUCAAUCAGUGAUACUUCAAUUAAUAAGCUGUCAGUGGCCAUAAAAUGAUGGCUUUAUUAUUUAAAAGAUUUAAACUCAGGUAGCAAGAGUAUAUAUUUACUUAAUAAUGGGAACUGAGGAAGAACAUUGGAACAUUUACAAAGCGUCUCAGUACUUACCCGCUGUUUUGACUGAUCCUCAUCGAGGUAAACAAUCCAACUUUUUCACCAAGACAUGGGGUGAUACAUUCAUAGAAAAGACUGAAAUAGAAAAAAGCCCAUUUUUACCUGAAAUUACGUAUGCACACUUUGAUCAAUACCUUCGGAAGUACAGCAAAAGAUUUAAAAGACAUCUACGAUUAGCGCAAACUGAACUGGAGGACAGUAUUAAGCACCGAAAAUCAGAUAAUUUCGUGGCAGAAAGCCGAAUUAGUUGCAUUCCAGAAAUAUACCUGCGUCAUACUUUUAACUUGAGUGAUCCAAAAGUUUUUUUGGAGGUAUUUGGUAAUAAAGACAAAAGCGAACAUGAAUUGCAAGAUGAGCUUAGUUUUUAUUUAGAUAUAGUUGAAGAGCAUAUUGCAAAGCAAGUCUCGCAAAAAUCUGGCGCAUUUUUUCAUGCAAUGACUUCUCAUGAUACUAUCAUGGAACAGAUGGGAGUGGCUGUUAGUGAAGUUCGUUUACUUCGUUUUAAGGUUCAAAGAAUUGAUAAGUCUUUAGCAACAGAAGCUCUGAGAUUAUUAGGUUUGCAAAGGUCCAAGUGCAAUCAGAUUGUUUUAGUAGAUAAAUUAAAAUUGAUGUCUACAGUAUUACAAACACAGCCAACCUUACAAUUGUUACUUAGUUCUUCUGACUUUGUUGGAGCUUUGGAGUUAAUUUCAGGAACACAGGAAGUUUUAGCAAAAGAAUUGGCAGGAGUAACAAGCCUUAGGCAUUUGCCAUCACAGUUGAAAGAAAUGUUAAAGUUAAUUGAUAAGAUGUUGAGUACAGAAUUUGAGAGAUAUGCUGCCACUGAUCUCCACAGACCUUUAGAUUCUAAUGAAGGUGUUUUGGAGCAAGAGAGACUAACAAGCCUUGUGGCAGGACUUCUUAGGCAAAACAGCUUGCAUUUUUUGGAAAUUUAUAAGCAAGAAGCGGUGACUGCCGCACAAGCUUUACUCAAACAGUUAAUGAUAGAGCAACUUAAGGAUGCUGAAGAUGAAUUGAAUGAACUAACAGGUUCAGGAGAAGUUGCACCCGUAAUGGAUUCAAUUCGUUUGAUGAAAAUUUUGCGACUGGGCAGUGAAGCUUUAGGUAAACUUUUGUAUAGAGUAAAAGCAGUUCACGAUGUGAUUAAAGAAACAACAGAUAUUAGUGCGGGUUUAUUUCUGAAUGGUGUGAAGUCAGAUAUGGAAAGAUUUUUAACAGAAGAAGAUCAUAAGCAAGCUGCGGGAAAACUUAAGGAUUUGUUAACGUUCAUUUGUGAUUACUAUAAUGAGAGGUUGGCGUCACUAGUUAGUACUCAUUCUGAUAACCAAUCUGUUACGGCCGGUCAAAUAAUGGAAUUAGCCUCAAUUGUGGAACAGUUUACCAACUUGUGUGAGGCAAUUUGUGGUAGGCAAAGUGCCGCUUUGAAAGCAGCGUUCAAAAUAUUGGCCGGGAAUUAUGUUAAUAAAUUUCAUAUGCAGAGGAAAAAUAAACUGACUUUACUCUUGGACGCUGAAAGAUGGAAAGCUGAAGAUGUUCCGGCUGAAAUUCAAUUGUUAUUAGAUAAGUUAGCUGCGGGAGAAAUAAUAAAAUCUCUGCCCAGUUCUCCUGUGGAUGAAAAGUUGUGCAGUACUUAUGUGAAUAAAUCAUUUCCUGCGCUAACAGUAGGAUCACAAACUUAUGUUGCCAUUGGGACUGUUAUAAUAUUGCUACAGUUAAUUGCGGAGUAUUGUGUGUGUGCUUACGAUUUGCAACUUCUGGCUCCUAUUAUUGGUAGGAAUUUAGCAGAGUUGUUGAGAACAUUCAAUUCAAGAUCUUGUCAGCUAGUGUUGGGUGCCGGUGCCUUAAGGACUGCUGGUUUAAAAACCAUAACAAGUACUAAUUUAGCUUUAGCUUCGCGUUCUCUGCAGUUAGUGCUAUGGUUGAUACCUCAUAUUAGGAACCAUUUUCAAUCUGUGAUUGGUGAUAGUUAUAGCGGGUUCGAUAGUGUUGAAAAAGACAUAGCCAAUCAUAUACAACAGCUGGAGACCAAGGUUUUGUCUAUAAUAAAUAUUUUGUUAGGAGAUCAGUUAAACGAAUGGGACGCCAAGCCGCCAAUACCUUCAAAGCAGUUUCGGAAUAUUUCCAGACAUUUGACUAAACUGCAUGAGGCUGUGAGUUCAGUAUUACCCGAAGAGCAGGUUAGGGACAUAUAUGAACAGGUUCACAAGAAUUUCAAAACUCGAAUACGAGAACAACUGCUGAGAAUGAAUAUCCAAAAAAAUGGCGGUCCCCAACACGGCGUUGUAACUAGUGAAAUGAUUUUUUAUCUACAGACCAUGAAAAUGCUUAAAGUAUUGCCUGAAAAAUAUGUGAAUGAUAAUGUCAUGGAUGAUAUUUGGGUUAAGUGAUUUCUUUAAGUGUAUCUAUGGGAUUAUACUGAUACUGAUCACUAAGAAAAGCAUCUAUUUAUUUUCUUCAUCCAGUAAACAUAAAGAUAAAGAAAACUUUCGAUUUGGGUGAAAACUUGGAUAUAUGGACCAUAGUCAGUAUUAUUUUGGAAACGCAUUUUAGUUAUUAUGUUUUUUGGCUUUUUCGCUGCCACUUUGCUUGUUUCCGAGUCCACUUGUUUUAUGUUUUACAACUUCCCCAGAAAGUUUUUCUUUCUGAUAUAUAAUCUAAAAGGCCUCUUUUAGGAUCACUUAUACCUAUGUUUGAUUUUUUUGCCUUACUAGAACUAAAAGUACCUCAGGUACCAUUAGUGACUGAUUACUUUGGCCAAGAAAUAAUUACCGGUCAUACAGAAAAUUUUUAGCGCGUAAAUGAUCUGUUUUCAACAAAUAUCCAGUUUGGUGUCCAUAUUUAUUUAUCUAAAUUGAAUGUAUAUGUUUUAUCUUUUUUUUACACCAUGAUGAAAGUUAAUUUU